UGUCUAUCAGAGCAAUACGGUAAGUGGCAAGUGUGGUAAAUGGUACAAUAUCACUAAGAAAUAACUUUAUACUAAUUGCACCUGCAAAAAGAAAGUACAGUUUGUCUCUACUAGUUUAGUAGUCACUUAUUGCUCAUGUUAUUAAAAGAAAAGACUAACCAUGAUUUUCCUGUUUAAAAGGUUCCUUUCAGCAGAGAUUAUAUGUGGCCUACAAUUUCUGCACAGCAAGGGGAUCAUCCAUCGGUCAGUAUAGAUUUCUUCAUCUCUGUAACAUUCUACAGCAGAGGCCACACUCAGGUUGCUCUGCAGAUCAGCCGCCCUUGCCUUCUUCUGUAUAACUCCUUUAAUCUCUUUAUUACAGAGACAUCAAACCCCUCAACGUCUUAUUGGAUGACAAAGGCCACGCUAGAAUCUCAGACUUCGGCCUGGCUCAGCAAAACGUCUUCAAGGACGACACCAUCACUGGCUGGGCCGGAACCCUGGGAUACAUGGCCCCGGAGAUUCUACAAGUAAAGCCAUAUAAUGCAGCAGUCGACUGGUGGUCACUUGGCGUCACCAUCUUUGAAAUGGCCACCGGCGACUCCCCAUUUACCAAAAGCGACAGAAAGGAACUCAUUGAUUCCAUCAUCAUGGAUAAUCCUUUAAUACCUCCAUGGCUGGAUGACAAUCUAAAAGAUCUUAUGAAAAUGGUGGGUAGCAACAGUGGUAUAGAGGUAUUGUAACA